ACAGCGUCCUGUUGUCCCUCCAUCACCCUCAUAACCAUCAGAGAUUAGUGCUGCUGUAAGGUCAUGCGGUUACCUUGUCAACAGAUAACGUAAAGUCACGUGGUGUUACGCUGCUGCUUAGGUGUCACCCAUCAAAGUUACCACAAUCUAUUCAUCCAAAAUAUUAGUCUUGUGAGUUUAUGAUGUGAAUGUGGAGUGCCGAGGCUUUUCUUAAAAGCCCCCCACCGCGUCACCUGACUGUGCUGCGUUCAAGGUGCAGGUUUGUGCCACAUCACGUUAACUGCUGCCGCACAACAGCCGCACCGCCAAAGCUUUUGUCCUGAACAGAGCAAGCUGUCGGGAGCAGGAAGCGGCUCAACAACAACGGAAGCGAGCGCAGGUUUUGCAUUUUCUCCCCUACUUUGAGUGAAGAGGUGUCGAGGAACAUGCUUUCAACGCGCAGCUGAAAAAAGAUUGCAAAUUUAAGUUCUUUACUUUUCAGCCUCUUUAGUCGACCUCGUGCAGAUUUUUUUUUUCUUUUAGUUUUUGUUUGCUGUUGCUAGAAUUCCACAAGUAUACUUUUAAAAUCUUGAGAAAUGUCUCGCAAGAAGGCUGUGAAAGGGAAAGCCGGAACCAGCAGUCCGUCAGCGGGCAGCCCCACCGGGAAAGGGACCGGGAAAGCCGCGAGGAGCAGCCCGGGCAUCGUUCAGAUGAACGGCGUGGUUCAUCCCAGCAGACCCUCCAUCAGCAACAGCAGCGAGUUUUAUGACAUCGCUUUCAAGGUAAUGCUGGUUGGAGAUUCUGGUGUGGGGAAAACAUGUCUACUGGUCCGUUUUAAAGACGGUGCUUUCCUGGCUGGCAGCUUCAUCUCCACUGUGGGCAUCGACUUUAGGAAUAAAGUCCUGAACAUUGAUGGAGUCAAGGUGAAGCUCCAGAUCUGGGACACAGCUGGACAGGAGCGCUUCCGCAGUGUCACUCAUGCCUACUACCGUGACGCCCAUGCUUUGCUUUUGCUGUAUGACGUGACCAACAAAACGUCCUUUGACAACAUACAGGCGUGGCUGACUGAGAUCCACGAAUACGCCCAGCAGGAUGUGGUGCUCAUGCUACUUGGAAACAAGGCUGAUGCCACUCACGAGAGGGUGGUGAAGAGAGAAGAUGGCGAGCGGCUUGCGAAGGAGUUUGGAGUUCCCUUCAUGGAGACCAGUGCCAGGUCAGGUCUCAAUGUGGAGCUGGCGUUCACUGCUGUGGCUAAGGAGCUGAAGCACCGAUCUCUGAAGGAUCCCAGUGAGAAGUUUAAGCUCCAGGAGUACGUAAACAAGGAGAUGAAGAGCACUGGCUGCUGCAGGUCUUAAAGGCCUUAGUCAUUCUCUGCAUCUGUGCGUGUGUGUGUGUAAGUGUGUAUCACUCAUAUUCACACAGUAGGUGUUCAUAUCUGGUCUGAUCAGAGAUGAAGAGUCAGCUCCAGCGAGGUAUAAACCUUUUUGUCCUUCCAUUUCUCCACUCUCUCCACCGCACAACCUCCAUCUGUCGCCCUGCGCUAAUUGCAGUGCCCACCAUCUUGUAUGUCCUGCUUUUUCCUCAUCCAUCUCCUUCUGCAGCUGUGAAUUGUAGCCCCAGGUUAUAGUUUGCAAAAAAGUUAUGCGCCGCACAUCUCGGCUAUUAACUCAUUAAUGGAUGUUUUCUUUCCUAAACUGUAGCUGCAUGAUAUUUUAACUCCAGCGCUGAAUCACACACGGAGCCUGUGAGUUUUAUCUUAUAGUGAAGGGAUUUGCUGUGGGUUGCAUAAAAUACAAGAUUACAUAAUUACACAAGAUUCAAGCCAUUUAUUUCUCACGUCCAUGAUAGCAACAGUCAGCGAGUGGAUGAAUGUUCAUAUUAGAUGUAUGGUGACGUCCUGUGUCCAUGUCAGUGAUUCAACAGGCUCACUGCAGCCAAUUUAGCUCACCAGCAUAAACUCAAUCUAAGCAUUUCCAUGAAAUCAGCUGUGGAUAUUUGGGAAUUGUUGUUACUCUGUCUACAUAAAGGUAAAAGGAUGUUGCUAUUGUGUAUACAAGGAUAUGAAGUACACAAUCAUUAGCCAUAAUAAAUGAUUUUAAUUCGUGCUAGAUGCAAAAAAAUGAGUACACAAUAGUUUGAACAAACCUUCACACACGUGAGAGUGUGGGUCACAGAACAGAAAACAUGUUUUUUUUUUUUUUUAAGAAGAUCAAUGUUGAGUUUUGGAGCGCUCUAAUGCAGUCUCUCUUCUUGUUAAUAUAUCUAUUCAUUUGUUUUGAAUUUGUUAUUUAAAAAACUGAUGGUCAAACAUACUGUACGCAAUCUGUAUACAUUAGGAUUUUGACAGAAAUUAUGUAAAUACUUUUUUUCUGCAUGUAAAAAAAAAAAAAAAGUUUUGAUGGAGGGGAUGAGCACUUUAGAUGGUAAAUAACAACAUGGGUGGCUUACAGUAUGUUGACAGUGUUAACUACAUAUUGCAUACAGUGCAAAGAUGUGUAUAUUUCGCUUUUAAUUUCGAGUGUUUUAUUUGUAGUCCAAUGUGCCACAUUAGUAGGCUGCUUUGUUUCCUGUUUUCUGUUCAGUUUCCAUUAAUGGAUCUAUAAAUGGGGUCUAUAGUGCAAUGUUUUCUUAAAAGAACUGAUGUUUCUUAUAAUCUGUUAACAGUAUUUAACCUGUUCAUGAAAGAAGCAGCAUAGGCCUCUUUUUAUAUGACUGUUGCUUUGCUAGACUUCAUCUUGGUCAUAGAAACUGAAUAUCUCUGGACAGUAUCUACUGUACAUUUUUUCCAAUGUUGAUGUUCAGAGUAAGUACUAAUUUUUGGUUUUAUUACUUUUCAAUGUGCAACUUCUUGUAACUGAAAGUUAACUACAAUAAAACCAGAAGGUAAUGC